AUGUCAUCUGUCACUUCCGAGCGUCCCUCACGCUCUCGCAAGGAGCCCGAACGCCAGGGGAUGUGUCGUCCUUCACCCGAUUCCCGUCGCCGUGUCUCAAUUGACCAGAUCAUCCUAGCUAAGUCCUCGAAUCGACACAAGAAGAAGACUCAAAGUGUUGAAACCGAAGACUCUGAAGACGAACCAGUUAUUGUUCCGAGUGCUCAAAACAAACAAAAAUGUCAUACCAUAUCCACCAAUGAUGCGUCUGCAUCAGAUCCUCCCUCAUCCCCGGUCGCACAUAAGCCCAAGGAGAAGGGCAAGAAAAAGGCAAGUACUUCAGGUUCGAUUAGAAAUGAGGUCAGUAACCAAUCCAAUUUAUCUAAGCGCAAACAAAACUGA